AUGGCACACUCUACCGCCUCACUCUGCAUGAGUCUUCCUGCAGAGUUCACCUCCUCAUUGUCGAACACUGCGACCACGCGUCAAAAGUCUCCCUCCGUCAAACAAAUCAGUACUCCCGCAGCAUCGUGGACGUCCGCCUCCGAGAGACGCUUUCCAGCAGAUAGCCUUCCUAAAGGGUUACAAGCUUUGCCUCGACUGAGUUCAGCUCCACCUUCGACAACCACUAUCAGAAACAACCUCCCCAGAAACGCAACGAAACACACGUGCUUCAAAUUCCGUAUCGGUCCGGAUUAUCAACACGUCAAGCUCUUCAUCGAGGAGGAAGAACACGCUGGCAUAAUGGUCCAAACCGUCCAUACGGAUGGCGGCGGCGAAUUCAUCAAGAAGGAACUUCAAGCUUGGGCUAGAAGCAAAUCCAUCAAAGAGCGCCUCUAUAGCCCAACGGCGCCUGUUUCGAUUCGGGGCAAGCUAUUGUUCUUUACGAAGAACAACUAUCUUCCUCUGACUUACGGCAUCACCAUUCAUAGAGUGUCUACCAAUUUCGUUACCGAUGUGCGUCUUGCCAGUGUCUCCAAGGUUGGGAAACUCACUACACGUGGUGUUGCAAGUGAUCAAAACGUCUGGGAUUUAGGAACUUUGAGGUGGUCCACGCAGUCUGUUGCCCGGAGUGUGGUUGCAGAAGAGAACUUCGUGAUAUCGGGCCCGAAAGCAGCGCUGCUCCUCAGACUGCUCCAACGCAGAGUCCAGAGGGCCAUGCAGGUGAAGGGAGCAGCACGCACAAUUUGGAGAACGUCUUUGCAGGUCUGCUGGUUGAGUCUGCUUGGGUUAACUUUUCCGGAAUCAAGCGACAUAUUCCGACAUACCACCCGAUAG